UAAAUAUCAAUGUCUGUCAAAUUUUCGAAAUACAUUACAUUACAUGCACAAAAUAAACGAAAAAAUACAUUAUCAUAAUGAGUGAAAGCAAAGUAAGUUCCGAAAGGGAAUUAAUAGAAGGAAUAAAGGAGCUCUUAAAGAAAAACGGCCAUUUUAAUAAAUUACAGGCAGAGACGCGCGCGAAAGUGACCCAAGCGUUGCAAGAACGACAACUGCCCCAAGGCUCUGUACCACCCACGCCCACCGACGAAGUGUUGCUGGUGAACGAACUAAUCAGGGAAUACUUAGAAUGGAAUGGUUACUUAUAUACAGCGACGGUUAUGACGUCAGAAGCCGCGUUGCCUCAAGAGAAGAAGUCUCGGUCUAACUUGUGUUUGGAAGUAGGAGUAAGGGAUAAUGAAAGGUCCUCGGCUCUGCCCUUAUUGGCUAACAUAGUGUCAGCUUACACGGAAAGGAUUAAGCGUAAAAUCAAUAAAAGCAAGAAAGAGAUGGUUCAACAAGCCAAAUUGAAUGUGAAUUUGACUGGAACAUAGUUUUUGUUGAGUUUAUAAUCAAAAUAUAUUGUACCCACUUAGC